CAUCACCCUCAUCCCUUGCUUGUAUUAAUUCAUUCUAGGCAAGGCGCGCGCAAUCAUCAUUGGUAUAAUCCAUCCAUUAUUAUUGACCCUCAGCAACAAGAUGCUAAGUUGGCUCCGACGCUUCCCUAACGAUGUGAUCCAUAGGAAGGGCGGCAAUGGCACCACAGGCCGGAGGACCUCCUCCACCACCUCUUGGAGGAACAAGAGCAACAGCUUCACCGCACGAAUCAUCCGUUGUGCCUCCUCCGUCGUCGACACGGCAGGCCGCCGACACGACGACGACGACGACGACGAUGAUGAUUGUCGUCUACCGUCGUCGCCUCCUCCUCCUCCUCCUCCUCCUCCAGCAGCACCACCAAAUGAUAACAACAGAAACACCAGUGUCGUCCUCGCAGCCAAAGCCUUCUCUUUCCGCGAGCUCGCUGACGCCGCAGGGAACUUUCGGCAAGCCAACUUCCUCGGCGAGGGAGGUUUCGGCCGCGUCUACAAGGGCCGCCUGCACAAUAACAUUGCUGGUGAGGACCUUCCGGUGGCCAUCAAGCAGCUGGAUCGCAAUGGCUUCCAGGGCAACAAUGAGUUCAUGGUGGAGGUGCUCAUGCUCAGCAUGCUACACCACCCCAACCUUGUCAGCCUCGUUGGUUACUGCGCUGAGGGUGACCAACGCCUGCUGGUCUAUGAGUACAUGGCAUUAGGAUCCCUCGAGGACCACCUGUUGUUGCUUCCUGCCGAUGCCGAUGAUGGCAGCCACCAGCGGCAGCCUCUGCCAUGGCGCACGAGGAUGAAGAUCGCGCUCGGCGCGGCGCAGGGCCUAGAGUACCUACAUGAAAACACAGUCAUCUACAGAGAUCUCAAGUCCUCCAACAUCCUCCUCGACCAAGACUACAGUCCCAAGCUCUCCGACUUCGGGCUUGCCAAGCUCCUCCCCGCCCCGCGAACUGACUACUCAUCGUCGUCAAGCAGAAGCAGCAGCAGCAGCAGCAGCAAGGUGAUGGGCACGUAUGGGUACUGCGCGCCGGAGUACCUGCGGACAGGAAAGCUGAGCGUCAAGUCGGACGUGUAUAGCUUCGGGGUUCUACUGCUGGAGCUCAUCACCGGGCGACGAGCCAUCGACGCCAGCCGGCCGGACGGCGAGCAAAGCCUGGUGGGAUGGGCGGCACGGAUAUUUGGUGACCCCAAGAGGUUCCAUGAGUUGGUGGACCCUCGCUUGGUGAUGGCAAUGCGAGUGCCUACAACGUCAGAGUUGAAGCAGGCCGUGGGUGUGGCAUCCAUGUGCUUGCAGGAACACUACGCCCUGCGUCCCGUCAUGACCGACGUCGUCGUCGCCCUUUCCUUCCUCGCCACUGAUUCUCCCCCCUGCUAAUAGCUAGCUACCUCAUUUCUCUCUGUAUAUAUAUGUAAAUUUUGGUUGUUUUAUAUGUAAAAAAAAAUGGGAAGAAGAAUUACAUCACAACCUAGCUAGUUAGUUUUCGUGGAUUAGAAUAUAAUGUUAAUGCAUACAUCCUUGUUCACUAAUGGGCCAUUCAUGUAGAGCAGAACCGGCCUGUUAGUGCACCAUUGCUCUA